AUGGGACUGGAUGAGAACCCAAUGAGGGUUACCCCUGAGCCGCUCGAGGAUUGCAAAUCCUCCUACACUCCGGGCACUCCACCGCCAAAAGAAAAUAUCAAGCGUACAGUAGUGGAUUCGGGGGAACGGAGCGACCGAGUGCGACGAGAACCGUUCAGUCUGGCAAGCAAAAGCAUUUCCCAACAAGAUGAAGGCCUCGAUCGGGCCCACACGUCGAGUGCCGAAGGGCAGCAGCCAAUGCGAUUCGACGAUAACGCAGCGUUCACCGGCGAUGGCACAAUUGGAUUGCAACGUGAGGUACUUGCCUUAGAGUGCCUUAGGGCAGCUUUAGGGCAGCUUAGGGUGAAGACUGGCACCGCAAAUGAAGAUGCGCAGCUGUUUCAGAUGGGCGACUCCUUGCCUGGCAACAUCGCCAACGCAGGCAAGCCGCGGCAGCCAACAAACACCCAGAGGAGCCACUUAGGAACAAUGCAUGCACGGCACCGGCACCGUUGUGAGAGGCCGCCGGAGGUGCAGCACAACAAGUCGAUGUUCGAGGACCAGUCAACACAUCGAGUGUCACCGCCCCACUCGCGAACCCCUAGUUGGAAUGGCGCCAAUACCUCCGAGACCCUCGCUCUUGGUCGCUCGAGUAUACCUCCUGUACACGGUACAUGCUUCUUGCAGCUGUCGCCCGUGCAGCUCCUCGACGGUGAACAUGGACUUGACACAUACAGUACAUACACCUGUACAUGUACCUUUCCAUCCGCGCCUAAACGAGCCGCCCAGCCUGAGAAGGCGGGCACUAUUGAAGCCGCAUUGUGA